UUGGCUGAAAUGUGAUUCAAUUAGUCUGAUUAAUUCAGAUUUCAACCCGAGUAGAAACGAAAGAAAGUAACCCUAUCAUUAUCAAUGUUUCUAUUAUUUAAAAUUGAAGGUUCAAGAUUUCUCAGUCUCAAAAGUACAAUGAAUUUUUACCUCAACCAAUAUUUGAUUAUAUGAAAACGGUGUGAUAAACAUUUUGAACGAUGAUUAAUAUUAAUAAUUCAACCUUCAGGAUUUCCAUAAAUGCUGGCAAUAAAGAAACUUGAACCUUCUAGAAGAACAAAUAAACAAGUGAAAAUGAAAUCACUUGAAAGUAAAGGGAAAAUCACCUCUCAAAUCAUAUUGUUUUGAUUUAAUGCAACAUCUUUAUCCAAACAGAAUUGAUUGGAAUUUCUUACUCAACCGAAUCUAAUGACAAUUAAUUAACAAGCUCAAUAAAGGUCGAUUUAUUGAAAUAAAUUUGCAUCUCAAAUCAUUUCAUUAUAACUUUCUUACUCAUUCUAUCAACUUGUGCACUUUGAUUUAAAGACAAAACCAUCUCCAAAUUAGACCUGAGGUCUCAUAAAAUAAGCUUCAUUUAUAACUAGCAGUGUUUCAAAUUGUUUCAAAUCAGUUCAAUAAUUUACUCAGUCAAAGUAACUUCUCUGUUACAAUUAAUAAUUUGCAACAUUGAAGCUUUUGGAUAUAAAGUUACUCCGAGUUUAAAUCUUAAGCUGAGUGUAUUUCUUACAACAGUUGCUCGCUGAAUCAUUUGUCAACCAUCUUGCUGUAACCGUUUCUUUGUUUGCCUUUUGUCUUUAAAAUAUUCUUGUUCUAUUUUCUGUCCAUGUUAAUCAUGAUUAGAUUUUGUUUAAUUACAAUUUUUAUAUUCGGAUUUUCACUGUGUGAUGAUUCCUUGAAGGCUAAAAAAUUGAAGAUGAACUGUCAUCUCAAACGGAUUGAGGAUUGUUUCGGUGUAUUUGAUAAAUAUUCAAAUGGAUCAGUGUCUUCAUCGGAUUUACUCAGUACUUCAAGAGGAUUGGAUGAUGUUUGCAUCAAUUCAAAAGAUGUCAUGAGAUGUUUAAGGGAUCAUGUCCAAAAAUGUGGUACACCAUUACAGAGGGAACUUGCUGAUUAUAUCGUAGACGAGUUUACUCAUUCAAUUGAUAGAUUCUGCAAACCAGGACAGAUGCGAGAAGAUUUCCUCAAACAUUCACCUUGCAUUGUGGAAAAGGUUUUGUCAACCAAGGAAUAUAAAGAGUCUUGUAACAAUCCAUUCUUAGCUUCGGUAGACGGAACUAAUCAGAUAGAAACAAUGGAUGAUCGAUUACAAUCAGCUUGCUGUUCCUAUAAUCGCUGGCACGACUGUCUCUAUGCAAAAAUAACAACUCAUUGUCAGGAAGAUGGCAAAAAAUCUAUGGUUGAUUUCAUUGACAAAACUUUUGGUAAAUUACCUGAUAUGAUUUGUCCAGCAAGUGAAUUUAACUUCAAGGGUCCAUCAUGUAAACCAUUUUUGAAGGAAAACGGAUCAAAUCAAUUAGACUCAUCAACUAAUCCAAUCACACGAUACAUGAUUGCUCAUUUAAGUUUCCUAUUUCACCAUUAGUUAAAACUCUCAAAUCAUUCCUUCGUUGAUAAUCAAUGUACACAAUAUUACAAAUUCAUAUAAUAAGAUGGUAAAUCUCUUGGAAACUUGGUUAUUUUUAAUUUUUUACAAUUUUAAAUUCAUUCAAUGAACUUAAUCGAUUUCUUAAAUGUCUUGUUAAUAAAGUAUACUUCAAUUUA